CAUAAAAUACAGGAUCCUUAAACAUUCCAAACCUUCAGUUUUAUAUUUGGCACUGUGAAGAAAGGUCUAAUCUCCUUUGGAAAUGACAAAACUGUUAGGACAUCAGGAGCUGGAAUUGUUUUGAGCCUGUUCAAACAUGGAGCACUGGGACUCACUGGGAUUUUUGAUAGUCACACUCAACUAUAAUGUGACUAUUGUAGGGAAGAUCUGGCUGAUGCUGAUAAUUCUGCUGAGAAUGGCAGUGGUGGUGCUGGCAGGCUACCCCCUCUACCAAGACGAGCAGGAGCGCUUUGUCUGCAACACCCUGCAGCCAGGCUGCUCCAACGUUUGCUAUGACUUGUUCUCCCCCAUAUCUCACUUCAGGUUCUGGCUCAUUCAGACUGUGUCUAUCCUGCUGCCUUAUGCUGCAUUCAGCAUUUAUGUUUUGCACAAGGUGGCCAUGUACAUGGUAAGGAUGCACUGUCUGGGGCAUGAGUGCAAGAGCAAACAAGGGUUUGGGGCAACAAGCCCCAAAGAUGUGAAGGGGCUCUGUAAAAGUGCAGUUGUCAAUAGAGUAGAUUGUGGUGCAGACAACCUAAGAGUCCUUAAUUUUUCAGGGGCAUAUACUGUUCAUCUUUUUAUCAGGACCCUGCUUGAAGUUGCCUUUGCAGCUGUGCAAUACUUUCUUUUUGGAUUUUUUGUUCCUGACCGCUUUUCAUGCUACCACUCCCCUUGCUCAAGCGCUGUUGACUGCUACAUCUCCCGGCCCACUGAGAAAUCCAUCAUGAUGAUUUUCAUCUGGGGGGUCAGCAGCCUGUCCUUCCUGCUCAGCCUUGCUGAUCUUGUCUGUGCUCUCCGGAGGAUGACAGCAAGAAACCAAAAGAAGAAGCUGCUGGCAAAGCUCUGCACAGAGAAGGAGUGCAUGUUACAUCUUCCCCCAGUCCAGCAGAGUAGCUCUUCACCUCAAAACGGGGAUGGCCCAGUAGCAGGCAGCUGUCAGACCAGUGAUGGCUCCUGCUCGCUUCUCUCUGAAGAAGAAGAGGCUGUUCUUCACCCUGAAGGUGUCCCUCAGCAGAGUGCCAGCACUAACCUCAGCAGCAGUAAGUGCUGUGUAUCAGGAGACCUUGCUGUUAAGCAGCAGAGCACUGAAGAACCCUCGUGUGCCAGAGAGCAGCAAGGAACUCCCUGCAGCCAAGUGAGACCCAGACUUCAGCAAGACCUCAUUAAAGAUACUGCCCUGCCUUUGAGACCUCAGCUCGAGUCUCCCCUUGGAGUAUCUUCCUCUGUUGUUCAGAACAAGCUUUUAGGGUUCUACCCUUCAGCUGAGCUAAAAAGCCCUGAUGCACAAUCAAAUUAUAGCAGCAGUAGCUGCCUGAGGUCAAAAAAGUCAGAAUGGGUAUAGAAGGCAGAGUGUGCACUGUGCUGUGACUUUGACAGGGCAGAUCAUUGCAUCACUGAAGAGGCUUCAGGGAGUUUCAGCUGAAUCCCUUGGCUGUGGUUAUGCUGCAGAGAUGCUCUGCUGUGCUAUGCACCUCCAUAAGAAAAGAAGCAAAAACUUCAGAAAAGAGUUUGAAGGGUAUUACAAUAAGGGAUAUGUUCCUUAGAAAUGUGACAUCUUUAUGUUUUUCUGCAUGUAGAUGGUUUUAAAAGGCUGUGGACUAUUACUGAUGUGACUGACCUGGUUUUCCAGGAGUAUGUGUGAACACUUGUUUACUCUAACCUAGCUUUAUUGCAAAAGAUUGAGCUUAGCAAAGAUACUGUCUACUGUCAGAAGCCUAAUUUAUCCCCUCAUACUAAAGUCUCAAAGCCCACUCUAAGACAGGAUAUUCAAGAAGACUAGACAGUGAAUAAAAUAAAAACGCUUGUUUUGUAGCAAAGUGUUGAUGUGUUAAAACCUCUGGACCUUAUUGCUUGUAGGCAAUAUGUCUCCCAGCCAGCAGUGUCAGUUUCUCUGACUCUGAUGUCAACUGCAGUCUGACCACACCUGAGAUAUUCAACUAUAACAUCUUCCAGUACCUAGAAGAAACUAAAAAAAAACCAGAGAGGGCCUUUUUACAGGGGAAUGCAGUGAUAGGACAAGGAGGAAUUGCUUCAAACUGAAGUAGGGUAGAUUUAGAUUAGAUGCCAGGAAAAAAUGAUUUA